AUGUUGUUCGCGAAAUCAUUAUGUAUUGCUUUGCUUUUGUAUUCUACAAGUUAUGGGAAAAGUCGAGCAAUGGAAAACGAAUCAAACUUGGAAAAGAGAACUGGUGUGGCAAAUACACCAUCAAUAGUUUCACAAUCACAUCGGCAGAAAGUUCUGGAUGCGACUCGUGUAUCGCCAGGUAUAUAUUUUAUCAAUUGUUCUGUUUAUAGAAAACAAUAUUUUCCAAGCUAGUUUUGAACACACACACACACACACACACACACACACAUAUAUAUAUAUAUAUAUAUAUAUAUAUAUAUAUAUAUAUAUAUAUAUAUAUAUAUAUAUAUAUAUAUAUAUAUAUAUAUAUAUGUAUAUUCUGCAAUCUGAUUGGUUCUCUACUAGCAGGAUAUUAGCUCAUAUCCUGCUAGUAGAGAAAAACAAAAUGGCAGCUCAAACUGUGUCUAUCAAGAUUAUUAAUUACAUCUGAACUAUAUUAACUGAAAGGGUACGUACACCGGAUAGACAUUACAAGACUAUAAUUAUUAUCUUAUUUAGCGCAACCAAAACAGAAUAUAAAGAUUGGUCAAAAGCGCCAUCUAAAUUUGCCAGACAAUUUUAUUAAAAAUAUUGCUCGAUAUGUGAACACUAAACAAAAAAGGUCAAUGAAAAUGCACGAUAAGAAAUCCAUAGAUUAUGAUGCUGGAAAAGAAGUUAAGAAUAUCCACCAACGGCGACACAUGAAAAAAGAAGAAGUUCCACAAGUGACUUAUAGUUUAUCACGAGGUAUACGAAACAAUGUAAUAUCUAUAUCGUGUUAAUAUGUUUACUCUAAAAACGCAACGAGGUUAGGCAGUUAUGUUAAUCCCCUGCAUGCCAGGAGUGUUACAUUUAACAUUUUCGCAGCUUAAUAGGGGGAUUAAGUCCAUUUUCAUCUAUGGCCGUGCAAGUAAGACCUUUGUUGCCAAGUUUGGAUGAUAAAUAUUAAAUCGAUUAAAUCGAUGAAAAUAAUGUCUUAUCCCUGCAGAAUCAGCUUCACGAUUCAUGUAUUAAUGGUAAAUCAUUUAUUGAUUUGCAAUAAAGUUGGAGUGUAUCAUGAAUACUGCUCUAAUUUUACUGGUUCGAAUGAAUUAUUAAGAUUAUAUGGUUGGUGUGACCUACCAAAACUGAAAACGUAUAGCUAAAAAUCCGACUAAUAAGACAAUUGCUUUAUGAGCCGUAACACGUUUUCUCUAUCUAUUCCUUAUUCCUUAAUUUAAGGUUACAGGACACCUUUUGUGGCGUUUCGCGGAGAAUCGCUACUACGCGCUUAUUAAGCGUCCGAUUUUUGUCAAAUUUUCACCAAAUGUUUGCCAGGGCAUGCAGAAUAUAAUAAAGUUGUCAAAUUGACAAACCAAUAAAAUAAUCCAAGAAUUACUCCGGAAAAUUAAAAAACUCGGUACCUUCACGUCUUUGAGUUGUUCUCCUGUCGGUUUUAAGAUAUAUUUUCGAAAAUAACAUUUUUGUAGAGCUAAAUAGUUGUUUUAAAAAAACGUGUUCGGCUUUGUUUAGCUUUUUCGCCGUUCGUUUGAUAUAUUGAUUUCUUUGAUUAUUACAAUAUAUUUCAAAUUAUGUAGACUGAAUUGCUCGUAAUUCACUAAAUAUCCAAAAUUAAAACAAAGCCGAACACCUUUUUUAUGCUGAAGUCAUCAGCUAUGCGCUGUGCAAAUUUUAGAACAAUCGGUUACAACGCACAGGAGAACAACUGGCUUGAAAAUCAGUAAUUACCGCAAAAAUAGUCCCCAGAAAAUUGAAUUUGAAUAUUACAUUUUCAAUGUUGUUUAUAUUGCAGAGAAAUGUAUUUUAUUAAAUAACUCCGCGAGUUUUCAACAUUUUUCUUUCAAACUUGGUCAGAUAUUAGAAGUGGUCUAAAGCUUUUAUGAAAGCCAAUAAAAAAAAUUUGGGCCAAUUUAACACUCAAGGGUGUCCUGUAACCUUAAGGUUACAUGAGGACACCCUUUUUGGCCUUUUGUGGAAAAUUGCAACUGCUUGCUCAAAAUCAGCCGAUUUUCAUCAAAUUUUCACCAAAUGUUAGCAAAUGCAUGCAAAAUAUGGUAAAGUUGCAAAAUUGACAAACAAUAAAAUAAUGUAAGAAUUAUUCAGGAAAAUCUUAAGUUGCGGUACCUUUACGCUUUUGAAUUAUGUUCCUGCUGGUUUUGAGAUAUAUUUAUGAAAAUAUCAUUUUUAUACAGCAAAAUAGUUGUUCUUAAAAACUUUAUUCUGAAAUUUUUGUUUAUUUCGUCAUUGCGUUGAUAUGGCGAUUCAUUUGACGACUGCAAUAUAUUUCUGAAUCGUUUGUGUGAAUUGCCCCUUAUUAUUAAAAUAUCCAAAAUUAGAGCAACGCCGAACACAAUUUUGAAACUGACGUCCUUAGCUAUGUCCUGUGCAAUUUGAGAAAAAUUCGUUAAAACUCGCAGGAGAACAACUCGUUUGAAAAUCAGUAAUUGCCGUAAAAUUAUUCAGGAGGCAGUUAAAUUUGAAUAUUACAUUUUCAAUGUUUCUUUUGUUGCAAGCAAAAUGUAUUUUAUUAAAUAACUUUGCGAGUUUUCAAAAUUUUUCGUCCAAACUUGGUCAGAUAGUAGAACUAUAGUCCAAUAGUCAGAUAGUAGACCUAUAGUCCAUUCAGGGGUUCUGUAAACUUAACCCAGUGCAAGGUAAUGACUACUUUAGAAAACUAGAAAACAAGCUAGGAAAAAACAGUUAUUGGUAAAAAGUCAACAAGCAUAUAAUGCUACGACUAUAGGGCGCAUGCAGAGUAAUGAGGGAUCCCGCCAUCCAGGAGGAGACCAACUGUCUAGCUACGCAGUUUCUAUAAAUAUUUGCAUCUCUAAAGUAAAAGUCAUAAUUAUACCCGUGUAUACUAUACGACCACUGAGGACCACCCACGCUGUCCUAUACCCUUGCCUAAAUAAAUCCAAUAAAAUAUAUUAUGUUUGUCUAUUGAUUUUAUGUAAAUAGGUCAUACAACAACAGGAUUGAAGCGUAACCCUUCGGCCGUGGCGGCCGCUGUUGGCAACGAAAAAGUUCAAGAGGCCCUUGUCGAAAAAGGCAUUGAAGUUGUAGGAAAUGCAAUUGAUAAGCAGAUAGCAAAUAUAGAGGGGGCACAGAAUAAAUCUCAAGCAUUUCUAAAUUCGAGGGUAUGUGAUUGUUGUUUCUUUCAACUAUUAUACUAUAUGCAGGCCGGUAUUUGCGUACAUAUGGCGACUACGUAUCGUAUAUAGUCAUUGUAUCAAUAUGUUGCCCGUAUAAGCUUCUCAUGCAAAAAGUGUGAUAAUUAACAAUUAUACUCGCCGAAGGCGAGGUGAUUAUCGGGGAAUGUUCAAGCCGAUUUUGGCCAAUUUUGGACGUUCUAAGCUACUUGUUUGAACCACGUUUUAGACACGUCGGCAAAACAAAUUAUAUCACGUUGGCGCGAGUAGCGACGGCAAAACAUAAUUCAGAAAACAUUCGCCGGAAGUGAAAUCGACAUCCGGUCGCCGUCGCCGCCUCCGCCUACAAAUCAUCAUUGACGAAGUUCCCUACUAAGUUCCACAAAACGGGAAAACGCCUUUAUUGCAAUUCACCUGUGGGUGAAUAUAACGGCUUAAUACGUCAAAUUUUACCAAGCAACUUGCAGGGUUUGUCGUAUUCACUUAUGCAAAGAUGCUAAAACUGUAUAUCAACAAGAAAAAUUUUUAUAUUUGUUAAAUAUAUAGAGAACGCUAAUACAGAAACCGUAUAAUUUUUUUCUUGUGAUAUUAGAAAAAAGAAAGCAAGACAAUAACACAUUGAGUCUCAUACAACAGCACACUUAUUGCGGGUAACACAGUUUCGAUAUACUAUUGACAAAAGUCGGUUCAUAUGUUUAUUUUUGAAUCUUGGUAAUCAUAUAUUAAUUAAUUUAGUUGAACAACAUAGUACUCAACCUCGUACCCGGGCUCUUUGCACUACGCUCCUCGCAGGAUGAAAGAACCUGGUAAUAGCUGGUCACGUGGCUCCCAGAUUCUGGGUGCUAAAUUGAGAUUGUACUUGAGGAGGGAUGGUAGAGGAAUGCGCUUGUUUCGCUUGGAAAAUUACGACUUAUGUGUUAUUAUUUCGGGCGAUAAAAUUUAAAAUUCCAAUAAGAAAUCCUGAAAUAUUUUGUAUUUAUUAUCACACGUCUUCCUCUAUAUCAUUGAGUGUUGGGUUACAUUAGUCAAUUGAGUGGUUGGAUCAGAUUUCAGUGGAAAUCAAGGUUUGGUAACGAAAGCACGCUUCGCUUAAUACUUCGCUGUAAAAAUCAUCCGCGCGCGGACCGAAGAUUCUUUCUGUUGUCAGUAUCGAAGUGUAUCCUGUCCGAUACGUAAACCCAACGGAUUUACCUUAUGGAGAUGUGGAAUUGCUAUAAAAUAGUAAGAUCUUGUGAUCCCGCCCACUGUGUAUAAAUUCUAAACGCUGAUAUCCCGACUGUGAAAUUUUAAGCCCGUCAAAUACUGUGAUAUAUAUAUAUAUAUAUAUAUAUAUAUAUAUAUAUAUAUAUAUAUAUAUAUAUAUAUAUAUAUAUAUAUAUAUAUAUAUAUAUAUAUAUAGCUUAAGAUUUUGGUUUACGAAACACAAACAGUGCUCAAUACCAUAUAGAUAGAGCGUAAUAUAGUUUUUCGUUUUACCUCAAAAAACCACAACAGUCUGUUUCAUCUGUAUAGGAAUCAUCCUAUACGGAUGAAACAGACUGUGGAUGGUUCCUAUACGGAUGAAACAGACUGUUGUGGUUUUUUGAGGUAAAACGAAAAACUAUAUAUAUAUAUAUAUAUAUAUAUAUAUAUAUAUAUAUAUAUAUAUAUAUAUAUAUAUAUAUAUAUAUAUAUAUAUAUACCGUUUUGCCAUCGCUGAGUAUCAACGAUCAAGAAUUAUGUCAAACUAGUAUAACUCUCCGUUAUCAAACAUAUGCGAGGUUUUGCCAAGCCACGUGGUCCAGCCGAGCAAGAGCUUUGAGAAAAUUGUUUGGCAGUUUUAAUGGCGACACAAAAGAACUACUCUCAGAUAAGGUAGUAUUAGAUACGAAGCCAAGUGCCUGGGGGAAAGUCUUUCAAAGUUUGAACCUGUGUCAGUCGCAUUCACGUAUAUUCGAAUAUUUUAUAUCACCACCCCAUCUGCAGACACCUGCAUUGGAUGUUCUAUCAUCUACAGACACCUGCAUUGGAUGUUCUUCAUGCAAGCAUGCAUGGAGAAUGAUUAGCGAAGCAACGUACAAACUAAGCCAGAUCGCUAAUGAUUUUUCUGCUUUCUACCAGCAUGCGACAACGUUUUUCGAUGGAGUUAAUUAUAAAUUAUCCGGAGAAGGCAUUUGUUUGACAGCAGCACGCGGAGUGCAAAGCUAGUGCUGAAAAAAAUUCGUCGUUUCACUGUAGUAAUUUUAUAAAACAAAUACCAAAUGGUGUUCCCGUGCAGGAUAGCAUGAUCCAUGAACUUGCAUGGGAUGUUGUUCAACUUUCGGAAAGCGUAAAAAUACACUCGCCUACGGCUCGUGUAUUUUCACGCUUUCCGAAAGUCUCGCAAUAUCCCGCGUGCAUGGAUCACGCAAUCCUGCACGGAAAACCAUUCGGUAUUCCUUUAAUAAAGGGGUUGGAAAAGAAACUCGGAAAUGCACAACACUUAUCGAAGGAGCAAAGUCUGAGUCUUUUACCGAAUUUUGGUCACAUGACAAAGGAUUUGUUUAUAAACGAGCAAAAGCAUGCUAACAAAUUAAAGAGUUCAAGAUAUGGGGAUACCAGCAAGCAAUUUGCAGUCAUCUUACAUUUCUACAGUCCCAAGGCAUAUAACUUUUGUAAGAAAAUCCCUUCAUCUACCAUGUCCAGCCAUCAUACGAGCUUGGGCAGCAGCCAUGAAGUGUGAGCCUGGUUUAUUAACUUGUGUCAUUGAACACUUGCAGAAUACUCUGGAUGAAGAAGAUAAGGAUUGUUUCCUGUUAGUCGAUAGAAUGUCUAUAAAAAAAAAAGUAAUAUGGGACAAGAAGAACAAAAAUUUCGAAGGCAACACAGGCUACGGCCCAAUUCUGGCCGGAUAACAGCAUAGUAUUGCCCAAAAUGCCCUAGUUGUCAUGUCUGUUGGACUGAAAAAGCCAUGGUCUCGUCCAAUUGCAUACUUCCUAGUGGAUCGUGUUGAUGCCCAAAUGCAGGCAACAAAUGAUCAAAGAGGCAAUCAAUUUACUAACUGAUGCUGGGCUCGAUGUUCAUGGGGUUACAUUUGAUGGUUGUGCUAAAAACGUAGCCACAGCAAGAUACAGCUGGGAUGCAACAUUGCCAAAUUUGAUGGCUCAUUCAAGCACCCAACACGGCCACACAAAACACUAGCUAUAUGUCAUCUUGGAUCUGUGCCAUCUGUUAAAACUGGCACGUAAUAACUUGGGAGAUUUGAAGGUAUUCUACACAGAAAGUGGGGACAUAAUCAGUUGGCAGUACCUCACAGGACUCUACAACAUUAAAAAAGGUGAUAUUUUGAAUCUUAUAAACAAGCUGAAAUCUACGCACAUAAGGUGGCAUAAUCAGAAAAUGAAAGUGGCCGUUGCGGCCCAAACCUUAAGUAAUUCUGUUUCAGCUGGAAUCAUGCAUCUUCGAAACCUCAAAUUGGAGCAGUUUAAAGAUGAUGAUGAAACAGCAGAAUUCAUUCUGAAAAUUAACAACAUGUUUGACAUUUUGAUUUCCAAAAGAAAAUUUGGCAAGAGUCACAAAGGUCCAAUUACACUAUAAAAUCUGGAUGAAUUACGUCAUAAUCUACUUGACACAAUUAGUUAUUUAACUGAACUGAAGGACAGUAAUGGAGUAAAAUUAAUUGAUAGCCCAAGAAAAGCAUUUAUCCUGGGUUUUGCUGUGUUAUCAAAAUUAAUCAUGGCAUUGGCUAAAGAACUAUUAAGAAGAACUCGCAACAAGUUUGAUUAUGUGCUUACCUGUAGUUUCUCCCCAGACCAGCUAGAGAUGUUCUUUAGCAAGAUACGAAAUCGUCUUGGAUGGAACAUUAACCCGAAUGCACUCCAAUUCAAGUGGGCCCUGAGAGCAUUACUUCAGAUGAACCAGGUGACAGCUGCUGAAACUGGCAAUUGCUCUGUUAUUGAAGAAAGCAAGUAUACCAAAGAAGCCGAUAGUGUUGAUAACAGGGUUGCUGCAUUGUUGAACAACUCCACCAUGUGGCACGAGGACAUCCUAGCAUAG